AAUACCACAAAUUGUUGGGAUCCCGUGUUCUGGCCUCGAUCAUCAGUGAAGUCAUUGUUUCAGUCCGGGGCUUUCAUCCGCGUUGCACCAAACAUAGAGGUGAGAGAUAUGGAGGACCUCAUUGCUGUACUCACGAGCUGGUCUGUGCAAUUUAUGGCAGCACUGGUUUUCCUGUACGUGCUGCUGAAGAGUUUCAAGACAGUAAGAUAUACGGCCGGGAAACGACCUCCUGGGCCCCCAUCGUUGCCACUGAUUGGCCAUCUCCAUCACCUUUUAUUCGGGUUGCCUCACCACUCCUUCAUCAAAAUCGCUGAAAAAUAUGGACCCAUAGUGUGGCUGGAAGUGGGAGCUUUACGUCUUGUGGUUGUAACUUCUUCAGAUAUCGCCAGGGAGGUUUUGAAGACUCAAGAUCACAUAUUUGCGUCUCGCCCUCCAGGGAUUAUGACGGACAUGGUGUUCAGCAAAGGUCAGGAUCUAGUAUUUAGUCCUUUGAAUGACAACUUUCGUCGAGCCCGGAAAGUGUUUACCACAGAACUUUUUUCACAAAAGCGGAUCGACUCAUUUAAGGAUUUGAGGCGAGAUAUGACUUUGAGAACUUUGCGGACUGGAUUUGAGGAGGGUCAUGCGAAUCGUUACAUAACAUUAGCUGAUUUAUUGCACAAAGACUUCUUGAAUUUGACUACCCGAAUGUUAUUUCGAAUGGACAUGGAUGGACAUGCUCAGACCAAGGACCUUCUGGAAAUAAUCUACGAUAUAAUGCAUACAGGAUGGUUCGUAAUAGAAGAAGUCUUCCCUCUGCUUAAGCCACUUGAUCUGAGCAGACAAGUUAGAAGGUUGAAAAAUAUAGGUGAAAGAUAUUCAGAACUUAUGGAUUCCAUCAUCGACAACCGUCUGAAAGAAAAUUCCAACUCCAAGUCGAAUACUGAAGAAGACUUAUUGGACGUGCUGUUAGCUAUGAGCAAUGUUUCACGUGAUCAAGUCAAAGUACUUCUUCUGGACAUCAUCGUUGCUGGAGCUGAGACUAGCCCUGAUACGAUUGUGUGGGCAAUCACUGAGAUUCUGCGGCAUCCCAACAUUAUGGAAAGACUUCAGAGUGAGCUCGACGAUGUGAUCGGUAAAGAAAGGCUGGUUGAAGAAGCAGACCUCAAAAACCUCGAGUAUCUGCAGGCAGUGGUGAAGGAAACACUACGGCUACACCCAGUCGUUGGUUUGGGGAUUCCUCAUUUUUCUACGGAGGCAACGAAAGUAUCAGGAUACGAUAUCCCUGCCAACACCCGGUUAAUGGUGAACCUUUAUGCUAUUGGCAGAGAUGCCAAGGUUUGGGAAAAUCCUCUGAAGUUUGAUCCUUCAAGAUUCUUAAACAGCCCUGUAGAUGUGCGAGGGCACCAUCACGAGCUUCUGCCCUUCGGUGCUGGGAGAAGGAGGUGUCCGGGCAUGAAUUUGGCGCUCGUCUCUGUGGCAUAUAACAUCGCGCAGCUGAUUCAUGCGUGCACAAUCUCCCUGCCCGAAGGCUUGACUCAUCUGGACGUAGAUGUUGAAGAGAAGUUCGGAAUGACCGUAGCGAGGGGGAAUCCUCUGAAUCUACUCAUAAAGAGGCGACUGCCUUUGGACGUCUACCGUAGGGCAGGAUUGCAAUUAUCUGGUGUGUAAAGAAUUAACGCUCGUUCUUGGCUUCAAAGAAAGUUCAGUAGAAAUUAAGGCUCUGAGUUAUGCCUUUCUAACAAAGUCAAAAAUCGAUCGCCGUAUAGCUUUUUCCUCGAUAAAACAAUAUUGGGUCGGUUGACGAGGUCAACCUACCAUACUCUCAUACUAGUACUCCAAUAUGUAAAUUAUAAACAAGAGAUUGUAAAAGGUGAAACAUAUAACAUUCACAAUAAGAAUGUGGACCGUAGUAGCGCUGAGCAGAUUCAAAACUUUUUUACAGCGAUUGUGAUCAACGUGAAUAUAAAUCCUU